CGCACCCAAAACAAAAAAAGCGUAGAAAAAGGCAAAGCAAGAAAAACACUUAAAAUACCCGAUUCCAUCCUCGCAGCUCUGCGGGCACCUCCUCCGUACGGCCUCAUCCAUCCCGCAGCACGUACCCGCGUUCCGCCAUGGCCACUUUCUUGGGCAGCUCCCCGGCCUUCUUGGCCCGCCCCGUCGCCAAGCCCCACGUCUCCUGCGCGCCGUCCUCGCGCCCGCCCAGCGCCCAGCCGCCCUCCGAACAACCGCCGCCGCAGCAGCAGCAGCCUAUGCAGGCGCAAGCGCAAGAGGCGGCACCGGCUAAGCCGCGCCCCGCGAAGCGCGCGGCGGGGGGUUCGGCGGACUCGACGGACUGGGUGGCGUCGUCGCUGACGCGGCGGUUCGGGAUCGGCGCCGGGCUUGCGUGGGUCGGCUUCCUGGCCUUCGGCGUCGUGUCCGAGCAGCUCAAGACCCGCUUCGAGGUCGCCCAGCAGCAAGCCAACACCAAGGACGUGGAGGAGGAGCAGGAGGUCGUGCUGCCCAACGGAAUCAGGUACUACGAGAUGCGGGUGGGCGGCGGCGACGUGCCGCGGCCGGGGGACCUGGUGGUGAUCGACCUGCAGGGGCGGGUUGCCGGCGGGGAGGCGCCGCCGUUCGUGGACACGUUCGGCGACGGGAAGAGGCCGCUGGCGCUGGUCAUGGGCUCCAGGCCCUACACCAGGGGCAUGUGCGAGGGCAUCGAGUACGUGCUGCGCUCCAUGAGGAGCGGCGGCAAGCGCCGCGUCGUGGUUCCCCCGGGUCUCGGCUUCGGCGACGACGGCGCCGAUUUCGGGGACGACCACGGCGCGCAGGUGCCUCCCGGGGCGACCCUGGAGUACGUCGUGCAGGUCGACAAGGUGUCCAUCGCGCCCGCGUGAGGCGCGCCGUCUCCGGAUGUAAUGAGUAGAUAGAACAUGGAUCUGAGAGUGGAGGCAUUUGGCAUUGGCGGCAAUCAGACCACCGUCCACAAAGUUAGUCUUUGUAGCUACAUUAAGGCUGCUUUGAUCAAAGAGGUUUUAACGUACCAGAGCGUACGUACUAGCGACCAUGUGGCUUCUGUGAAGUGAUAUUUGAACUGCCCAUAAGUUUGCAUAACAGUUGGUUGAACUUCCAUUA